AUGCUCAAGAUUUCUUCUUCAUUUCGGUUUAAAAGGCUUUUUCAUAAGCUCAAAGUCUCAGAUGAGGUGAGAAGUGCUUUGUCUGGCAAACGACCAGUUGUCGCCUUGGAAUCUACUAUCAUAACUCAUGGUUUACCGUUCCCCCAAAAUUUGGAAAUGGCCGUGCAAGUGGAGUCACAAAUUCGAAACCAGGGUGCUAUUCCUGCAACAAUUGCCUUUGUAGAUGGAAUACCUACGGUGGGACUUCAAUCCUCGGAACUUGAGCUACUAGCAACAUCGGCAAAGACCAAAUCUAUCAAUAAGGUGUCCAGAAGAGACAUUGCUUACACAAUGGCCAACAAAAUGUUGGGAGGCACUACUAUUUCAAGUACCAUGAUACUUUCUCAUAUGGCAGGUAUCGAUGUUUUUGCCACUGGUGGGCUGGGAGGUGUUCAUAGAGGAGCAGAAACGACGAUGGAUAUCAGCGCAGAUCUAGACGAACUUGGUAGGACGCCCGUAGCCGUGGUUUGUGCAGGCCCAAAGGCCAUUCUGGAUAUCGAGAAAACAAUGGAGUAUCUCGAAACAAAGGGUUGUAUGGUAGCAACUCUUGGACCUCCAGGAUCAAACGUUCCAGGCUUUUACUCCAGAGAUUCUGGCGUACCUUCCCCUUACAAUUUCGAGAAUUUCUCGCAAGCUGCACGUAUCAUACACGCUGGGCGUCAAAUGAACCUCCACUCUGGCUAUCUCAUGUGUGUGCCUCCUCCUAACGAAGUUGCUUUAGAUGAUACAUGGGUUGAGAGUAUCAUCGAUAAAGCAACUUAUAAGGCCAGUCAGUUAGGCAUUCGCGGGAAGAACCUAACGCCAUUCUUAUUGGGAGAGAUUUCUGAAGCAACGAAAGGAAAAUCGGUCAAAAGCAACGUUGAUUUUGUUUUGAAUAAUGCCAGGGCAGGCGCUCAAAUUGCUCAGGAAUUAUCCAAGCUUUAUAGAGACCCGCAUCUUGUUUCCUAUUCUCAACCAGCACAAAUUUUCACCCCACGAAACCCCACCACCAACACUUCUGUGGUGGUUGGGGCGGUCGCUUUAGACACACAAAGCACCAUCACCAGCAAGAUUCGCAUGAAGGACUCCAAUAUAGGAAGAGUCCGUACCUCAGUUGGAGGUGUUGGUUACAAUGUUGCAUUAGCUGCGCAUUGGUCCAAUAGGUACCCGGAAGUGUCUACAAGGUUAAUAAGUUCUGUAGGCGAUGACACAUCUGGGUCUGCUAUUUUGGCAAAACUAGGCAUGCCUGCAGACUCUAUUUUCGUUGAUUCUAAGCAUGCAACUGCUCAAUAUUCUUCAAUGCACUCUAAUGAUGGAGAGCUAGUUGUGGCUUGUGCUGAUAUGGAUAUAACGACGAAAUUGCCGUAUGAGUUCUUGUCAAGCAAUCUAGAAACUGCGAAACCUAAGGUGUUAGUAUUGGAUGCUAAUGUCACUGUCCAAACGAUGCAGCAGCUUAUCGAUUUACAGAGCAAAUUCGGCUACAUGGUGGUGUUUGAACCGGUUUCAGAUACCAAAGCGAAAAAACUCAGUUUGCUUCGAAAUCUCGAGGUAUUCCCGAACAAUAAAUUCUAUCUGAUAACCCCUACUGCCUCCGAGCUACAAAGCAUUUAUACAUCCUUUGAAAGCGUUGAUAAAUUUGACGUGAAUGAAUGGUUUCCAGUGCUUGACUCGUUACAAAUAGACAAUGCAUUAAGGAAUGAAACUAAAGUCAGCGGUUUCUCCAAGAGCUUGAAUGACGUAAGAAGAUCUGGCGUUUUCCAAAUGGCAUCUAACCUUCUGCCAUACUUCCCAAGAAUUUUAGUCAAAGAUGGGGCGAACGGGAUAUAUGUUUUCACACUUAUAGAGGAUUUGGCAAAGAAACACUCGCAAGAGUCUCAAGCAGACUAUGUAUUUUUGGCGAAAGGUUUGGUUUUUGGGGGCAAACAAAUAGGAAUGAUGUUUGAGCAUUACAACAUACCGGAGACUGCCUCAAAAGUCGUGAGUGUCACAGGCGCGGGAGAUACUCUACUUGGCGUGCUGUGUAAUGAACUUUGCCACAAGGGCGAUAUUUUCAAACUUUCCGCCGCUGCUCGGCUGGCUUCUUUCAAACGAGCGCAACUCGGAGCUAAACUGACUGUUGAAGAUUCUGCAGCCGUAAGUGAGAUGCUCAAGGAAUUGGAUUGA